GAGAUUCAUCGUUUCAGCGACAAACCCUGUGAGUGGAUUGCAUUCCUUUAUGUUUCUUGCAAAACAUGAAGUUCUGCAAAAGAUACCAGGAGUACAUGCAAAGCCAGGAUAAGAAGCUUCCUGUGGUUGGCUUCAAGAAGCUCAAGAAAAUCUUGAAGAAGUGCAGAAGAGAAUGUCAAUCCCAGAAAAGCCUUCAUGCACCCCUUGGCAUCAAAACCUGCCCUGACCAAUGCCCAGUGUGCGAUGGGACCUUUUUCCCUUCCCUUCUCAAUGAAAUGUCAGCAAUAGUUGGAUGUUUUAAUCAGCGUGCGCAGAAAUUGCUGGAGCUACAUCUCGCUUCUGGCUUCAGAAAGUACAUUUUCUGGAUCAAAGACAAAUUACAAGGGAAACACACUGCAUUGAUUCAAGAAGGGAAAGAUCUGGUUACUUAUGCACUCAUAAAUUCCAUUGCAAUUAGAAAAAUACUAAAGAAAUAUGAUAAGAUUCAUUAUUCCAAGCAAGGGCAGUUAUUCAAGUCACAGAUCCAGAGUAUGCACAAGGAAAUUCUUCAAAGUCCCUGGCUUUGUGAGCUUAUGGCCUUCCACAUCAAUUUAAGGGAGACCAAGGUCAAGUCAAGGAAGGCACAUGCUUUUUUUGAUGGAUGUUCCCUCACAUUUAAGGAUGGGAAACCAUCACUUACUUGUGAGAUCCUUGAUUCUAUCAACAUUGAUAUUGACUUGACUUGUUCUAUAUGCUUGGACACAGUGUUUGAUCCAGUUGCUCUGAGUUGCGGCCAUAUAUUCUGCUAUAUUUGUGCUUGCUCGGCUGCAUCAGUAUCUAUUGUUAAUGGACUUAAGGCAGCAGAUCCUAAAGAAAAAUGUCCUUUAUGUCGAGAGAGUGCAGUUCAUCAAGGUGCUGUUCACUUGGAAGAACUAAAUAUUCUUUUAGGUCGAAGCUGUCAGGAAUACUGGGAGCAAAGGCUUCAAGCAGAGAGGGCAGAAAGGGUUAAGCAAAUAAAGGAACACUGGGAAUCACAGUGCAGGGCAUUUGUGGGCGUCUAAGUAGUUUCUUUGGUAGAGAGUAUAAGGGUAGUUUUAGGCUGAAUGUAUUUGUGUAAUUGUUCUUUUGUAUGUCACAUUCUUAAUAAGGUGAAGCUGCUUGUAAAAUAUCUAGAAGGUUGUUAAUGGCAUAAGGGACUCCACUUCAACAAUGAUCAAUAGGAUUGAGAAUCUUGUAA